AUGUCCUGGAUAAAUACUAAAACAUUUGAUAUUGACUUCUACCUACCCUCUAGUUAUUCGAAUAGAAACCAAAAACUAUGCCGAUUGCCCAAUGGAAUACUGGCACUAUUAAUAUCUGAUAAUUCUGUCACUACAACAGCUUGCUCAAUCUCUGUUGCUACAGGUUCACACAGUGACCCAAGAGAUAUUCCAGGGAUUGCACAUUUAUGUGAGCAUAUGAUUUUAGCAGCUGGUUCAAAAAAAUAUCCCAAGCCUGGUUUAUUUCACGAAGUAUUGGCGGCAAAUAAUGGGUCCCAGAAUGCCUUCACUACAGGGGAGCAAACUACAUUUUAUUUUGAAUUGCCCACUUCUACAGCAAUUGAACAAAACACUUUCGGUGAAAUAUUAGAUAUAUUUAGUUCCUUUUUCAAAAAACCUUUAUUUAAUGAAGUUUUAACAAAUAAAGAAAUUUAUGCUAUUGAAAGUGAGCAUGACGGAAAUAUGUCAAAUACAUCUAAAAUCUUAUAUCAUGCAGAAAGAUUACUAUCAAAUAAAUCUCAUCCUUUCCAUAACUUUUCUACAGGGAAUAUUCAUACUUUAAGCAAAGUAGUGAACUUGAAAAAAUAUAACUUAAAAGAAAUGUUGUUUGAAUAUUUUAAAAAUAAUUAUUUUUCUAGAAAUAUGACUAUCUGCAUAAAAGGGCCACAAUCAUUAAAUAGUCUCACAAAGCUUGCAUUAGCCAAUUUUGGAGAUAUUAAAGAUAAAGACGAGUUAACAAAAUUUCAUAUCAAUUCUAUAAAACCACAAAAGAGUUUACGUAUUUCAAAAUCUCGUUCUUCCAUCUCCUCUUGCAACUCUUUCAAAACAAAUGAAAAUUUAGACUUAGAAAACUUCAAAUUACUUGAUAAUGCAUGGUUAGACAAAUAUGGUGAUAAUGUUUGUUUUCCCACAAGCCUCUCACAUAAUACGAUUUUCCUAUCUUCUUCAAAACAACCAAUUUUAAGAUUAUUAUUCCCUAUCAGUGAGAAACUUACUAGAUUUACUAAAAGAGAUAUCAAAAUAUACAGCAAUAUAUGGUGUCAUAUAUUUGGUGAUGAAACUAAGGGCUCCUUUUGUGAUUAUUUGAAUAAAAAUAAUUGGAUAACGGAAUGUUAUGCCUUUAAAUCUACUUUUGCAAUUGGAAACACUUCUUUAAUUUUAGAAUUAAAAUUAACCAAUACAGGUGUAAAAAAAUUGCAAAAUAUCAUUGAUAUAUUAUUACAACAAGUGGUUAAAUUAUUAGUUGAUAAUUUUACAGAAAAUUUAGCAUAUUUUUUGGCAGAAAAUAAUAUUAUUUCAAUUUUAAGAUUUAUAAAUUCAGAUGUAGAAAUUAAUCCAAUGGAUGAAUGUUCUGAAUUAAGUGGCUUAUUACAAGAAAAUUUCAAAUUAUUUAAUCCAAAAUAUCUAUUUUAUGGUUCUGAAUUUUUAUUGUUAGAGAAUGAAUCUUUACCUCAAAAAAAUAAUAUGUUUGAUGGAAAUUCCACUACAUUUUGGAUUGGACAAGCUAUUAAGUUUCAAACAUUUUUAAAAGAAUUUAUGAAUUGGGAGAAUAUUAAAAUUGUUGGGAUAGGGGAUAUUGAUGAAUUUAAAAAUGUUUUAAAUAUUGUUAAAGAAAUGUCCAAAAAAACUGAUUUAUAUUACGAAUUUGAAUACCAAAAAUUAAAAAUAUCAAAAAAAUCUAGAAUAUGUCCUAGAGAUUAUCCUUUCACUUAUCCAAUAAAAAACGAAUAUCUUCCUAAAUUUGGAUAUAAUCUUGGGCUUUUAAGAAAUAUCCUUUUAAAUAAUCUUGAAAGCUCAAGAACAGUUUCCUUUUAUAUGCCACAAGUCUCAGAAGAAGAAGAUCAAAAUAAAUUAGUUAGUCAAAAUGACAUGCAUAAAUUAUGGGUGAAUCCUAAAAAUUCAAAAGAUCAGCUGUCUGAAUCUCCUUGCAUUGUGUCCUUUAAAUUAGUUAAUAAUUCUAUUCAAGAAUCACCUGAAAGUACAAUGCAUCUCGAACUAAUGGGCCAAUUACUACACACAUUAUUAAUUAAUAAACUUUAUCCCGCAUUAAAUGUUGGUUAUACUUUUGAAAUAUCUCCCUCUGUAAGAGGUGAUGUUAGUUUAUCGUUUACACUUUCAGGCUUUUCUGAAGGUAUUUUCAAAAUCAUUAAAGAAUGUAUAAAUAUAUUUGGCGAACUUACAUCGUCAGAUCUUAUAACAAAGAAAGAGUUUCGAAGAGCAAGAAUUUUGGUAAGAGAUAAAUAUGAAGAUGCAGCAUCCGAUAGUUGUGUUAAAUUAGCUAGUGUUGGUUUAUUAAUUUUAUUAGAAAGAAAAAUGUGGACAUUGGAAGAAAGAAUUGAUGCUUUAGAACUAAUUGAUUUGGAAAUGUUUCUUGAGUUUGCUCAAAAGUUUUUCCAAAAUUUAUUUUUAUCUCUUUAUAUUGAGGGAAAUCUAGAAUACGCUGAUUUAAUUAAUAGCUAUUUCAGUGAUAAAUUGGUUCAUCAUUUAACCAAAAGAUUAGAUUACCCUAAGGAAGAUACUUUACAAAGUUUACCAUCUACAAAAUUAAUUUCUGGUACAAAUAUUUAUUAUGAACUUGAAGGAUCAGUUGAUGAUCCAAAUAAUAGCAUUGUUUAUUUUAUACAAACAGGAGAUUUAUCGAACAAAAAAAUUCUUUCAUUGACUUCAUUAACAGCAUUUAUAAUUUCAUUUUCAUUAGUUCCAGAAUUGAGAAACAAAAAACAAAUUGGUUAUGUUGUAUUUGGUGGAUUAAGAACUUUAUCUGAUACGGUUGGUUUACAUAUCACUAUAAUGUCAGAUGGUAAACCACUUGAUAUUGAAAUUGAAAUUGAAAAAUAUAUUUCAUAUCUAGAAUUUGACUUGUUAGGGAACCUAGAUGAUGAAACAUUCCAAAAUAAUUAUUUAAUUAAAUAUAUUGAUUUAAUUAAUGGUAUUUAUAAGAAAAGUACAGAACAAACAUCGGGACCCAUCAAUAUAAUGAAUGAGAUUAUUGCUAAUGUCCAUGGAGGUGACUCAGCUAUUUUAAAUAGUGAAAAAAUAAAGAAUCAUAAAAAAAAUAAGAAUGAGUUAUUUGGAGAUGCACAAAUGACAGAAGAAUUGAAAUAUGUCGAUAUUGAAUUUUUAAAAAAUUUAAAUUUAAUUAAAUACUUACAAUUUUUCAAAGGUUCUAUUUCUACAAAUUCUAAAAGAAGAAGUAAAUUAUCUAUUCAUAUAAAGAGCCCUAUGGAAGAAAGGGAACUUUUCAAUAGAAAAUUAUUUUUACAAUUACAAACUUUUUUAAAAAUAAAAGGUUUCCCAAUCAAAUCUAAUGAACUUCAACAAAUUGUGGAACGAACCAAUGGAAGACCCACGCUUUUAUUUAAAGAACUAUUUGCAUGCUUUAAAGCACGAGAUGAAUCAUGGAAGUUCAUUUCUAUAGUUCUUAAAGAGAUUUUAAAAGUGAUUAGUAUGAGUAUUAAACAACAAUGCAAAACAAGAGGUUCAGAAACUCGAUCAUCUAUUCAACAUUCCGAAUUUCAUAAUGAUCAUAUUAUUACACCAACACCAUUGGAAAAAGUUGAAGAUAUUAAUAAAUAUUUGCAUUUGAGAUAA